AUCAUCUGACAAGGCUACAAGAAUCUAGACGAAAGCCCAACGCUUGACACGACACCCAUCUCUUUUAAAAGCCUUUUCCACUUCCUCCCUUUCUCUUCUCUCUUCAUUGUUAAAGUCGAUAAAAAGGGGGAAAAGCAGCAAAAACCCUAAUUAAAAACCAAAUCAAAAGAUUACAAACCAGAUCUUCACGCUCUCUUCUCCCGCAUCAACCAACUCAGAGAGAAUGGAUCAGCAAGAGCAUGCACAGUCCGGAGCCAUGAACUACGGCUCAAACCCAUACCAAACCAACCCCAUGACCACCACAAGCGCCGGCCCCGCCGCACCGCCGGGGCAGCUGGGCUUCCACCAGAUCCACCAGCAGCAGCAGCAGCAACAGCUGGCUCAGCAGCUCCAAGUCUUCUGGGAGAACCAGUUCAAAGAGAUCGAGAAAACAACCGACUUCAAGAACCACAGCCUUCCCCUCGCCAGGAUCAAGAAGAUCAUGAAGGCCGACGAGGACGUGCGCAUGAUCUCCGCCGAGGCGCCUGUUGUGUUUGCGAGGGCCUGCGAGAUGUUCAUCUUGGAGCUGACGCUCAGGUCUUGGAACCACACUGAGGAGAACAAGAGGAGGACGCUGCAGAAGAACGAUAUCGCGGCGGCUGUGACCAGGACUGAUAUCUUUGACUUCCUGGUGGAUAUUGUUCCCAGGGAGGAUCUGAGGGAUGAGGUCUUGGGGAGUAUUCCGAGAGGGACUGUCCCUGAGGCUGCUGCUGCUGGAUACCCGUAUGGUUACUUGCCUGCUGGAACUGCUCCUAUAGGGAACCCGGGGAUGGUUAUGGGUAACCCUGGUGGUGCGUACCCUCCUAACCCUUAUAUGGGUCAACCAAUGUGGCAGCAACAGGGACCUGAUCAGCCUGACCAGGAGAAUUAGCUUUUGGAAACUAGUUCUGGAAUUAAGAAAGGAGGAGACUUUUAGUGAAGAAAAUGAAAAAAGAACAUAUCAGAAGAAUUUCAAAUCAGUGUGGUAGAAGAAUCUUAAGUGUUUUGUUUUAUGUCUAUUCAAUCCUUUCUUUUAAGGAUAAAUUUAGAGAUGAACCAGAAGAAGAAUGUAUAAAACUAUAACUCUGUAAGGGAACAAGUGUGUGGUUGACAAGGUUUUUUAUUUCUAUGUUAUUGUCUCUUAUCUUUAUCAUACUUGAUUUCCCAUA